UCAAGUUUUAAGCCUAUUAAGCAAUGAACAAUCCAUGGCGCGAAAUCGGCUUUAUUAGCAAGCAUAAACCCAAGAAACAUGUGAAAAUCAUUCGGAUCAAGAAACGCGUUGCCAAGUGGAAGAAAGUCUUCGAGCGAAGGCAAUAUGAAUUGAUACAACUUCAUUUGAGAAAUCGUAUUAAGUAUUUAAUUAUUGAAAAUCUGGAGAAAGCAUUGGCUGAAAGCCCAACUAAGAAAAGGAUUCAGAAGAGCUUAAAGUAG